AUGUCUAUCGAGAAAGACUCACAGUCGUCCAGCCCUCCUACUACUCACGACGAAGGAAUACGGCAUGAUGGCCAUCAUGAGUAUCGCCGGACAACGGUCGCUGGCCAACCGGCCUAUGCGGAGCAUGGGCCUCUUGUCGACCACAAAAUCCCUCAAGAAGACGUCGUCCAGUCUCACCCUGAUCUUGCUUGGAGCAGAAUCCGUCACUUCUGCCGAGAGCCUUUCGCCGAAUUCUUUGGUGUCUUCAUCCUCAUACUGUUCGGCGACGGCGUUGUUGCGCAAGUUGUUCUCAGUAAAGGUCAAAAGGGUGACUAUCAAUCGAUAUCAUGGGGCUGGGGGCUUGGAGUGAUGUUGGGUGUGUAUACAGGGGCCUUGGCCGGCGGCCAUCUCAACCCAGCUGUCACCUUCGCCAACUGCGUGUUUCGAAAAUUCCCCUGGCGAAAGUUUCCCAUUUAUAUGUUGGCUCAGACUUUAGGUGCCAUGUGUGCCUCUGGAGUCGUCUAUGCCAAUUAUAAGUCGGCGAUUGACGUCUAUGAAGGUGGGCCGAAUAUUCGGACAGUUCCUGGGUAUUCUGACACCGCCACUGCCGGGAUAUUCUGCACAUAUCCCGCUCCUUUCAUGACGAAGACAGGGCAAUUCUUCUCCGAAUUCAUCGCAAGCACAAUCCUCAUGUUCUUGAUUUAUGCCUUGAAGGACGAUGGCAAUCUCGGCGCGGGAAACCUCACCCCACUGGCAUUGUUUUUCGUUAUCUUUGGCAUCGGAGCUUGCUUUGGGUGGGAGACUGGCUAUGCCAUCAACUUAGCGCGAGAUUUCGGACCCAGGUUGAUGUCGUAUAUGCUGGGAUAUGGCCACCAUGUUUGGAGUGCCGGAAACUAUUACUUCUGGGUCCCAAUGGUUGCGCCCUUUUGUGGUUGUACUUUCGGAGGAUGGCUAUACGACAUGUUCCUUUACACCGGCGAGUCUCCCAUCAACACUGAGUACAUGGGUUUAGCCCGCUUGGUGAAGUGGAACAAGAGGACUUGGUCGAAUACCUACGACUCUCAGGUUUGA